AUGGGAGGAAAUGCUGCUGAUGCUUUGGUUGCAACUGAGUUCUGUAUCGGCGUUAUUGGAAUGUACCAUAGUGGAAUUGGCGGAGGUGGUUUCAUGCUCGUGAAGUCACCAAAUGGCACCUAUGAGUUUAUCGAUUUCCGAGAGACAGCUCCGGCGGCGGCUUUUGAGGACAUGUAUAAAAAUAAUGAGGACGCGUCUAUAUAUGGCGGACUAGCCAGUGGAGUACCAGGUGAAGUCCGAGGCCUCGAGUACCUCCACAAGAAAUACGGUUCCCUUCCGUGGUCGACAGUCCUGCAACCCGCUAUCCGCACUGCUCGCGAAGGAUUCCCCGUUACAGCAGACCUGGUCAAAUAUAUGAAGUCCGCCGUCGGCAAUGGAGAAGACUUCUUAUCCAAAAACCCGACAUGGGCAAUUGACUUCGCUCCAAAUGGAACCAGACUCGGACUCGGUGAUACAAUUACUCGUCGCAGGUAUGCGGAUACUCUCGAGGCGAUUGCAGAGCGUGGUCCGGAUGCAUUUUACACAGGAUCUAUUGCCGAGACUAUGAUCAAUGCGUUGCAGAGUGAGAAUGGGACAAUGACGCUGGAUGAUUUGAGCAAUUAUACUGUUGCUAUUCGGAAUAUCUCACAGAUUGACUACCGUGGGUAUAAGGUUACCAGUACCUCUGCCCCGUCUAGUGGUAUUGUCGCUAUGAGUAUCCUGAAGAUUCUGGGGACAUAUAAGGAUUUCUUCGCGACUGAAGAGGAUGUUCACUUGAGCACUCAUCGGAUGGAUGAGGCGAUGCGAUUUGGAUAUGGAGAGAGAUCUAAAUUGGGCGAUCCCUUGUUUGUUGAUGGUAUGGCCGAAUACGAAACGGAGAUGCUUGACCAGUCUACGAUCGACGAUAUUAGGUCAAGAAUUUCGGAUGUUCGAACCCAGAAUGUGUCUGCUUAUGACCCGGCUGGAAUUGAAAGCCUGGAUACACCUGGAACUUCUCACAUCGCCGCCGCAGACCACACCGGUCUCGCAAUCUCAGUCAUUACAACAAUCAACCUCUUGUUCGGCAGUCAUGUCAUGGUCCCAGAAACUGGCAUUAUUAUGAACGACGAGAUGAACGACUUUUCCAUCCCCGGCUCAUCAAACCAGUUUGGAUAUAUCCCAUCUGUCGCAAACUAUGUGCGACCCGGGAAACGUCCCCUUUCUUCCAUCACACCCGCGAUAGUCACUCGCCCUGAUGGCAGUCUUUUCUUGAUUGCCGGAUCCGCAGGAGGCAGCCGCAUCAUCACUGCCACCGUGCAGAACAUCAUCCACUCCAUCGAUCAAGGCCUCUCGGCUGCCCAAUCUUUGGCCCAGCCUCGCUUGCAUGAUCAACUGGUGCCCAAUCAGGUCAGCUUCGAGUACGCUUAUAACAACGAUACGGUGGCCUUUAUGGCGGCUCGAGGACACAAUGUCACUUGGGUUGCUCCCGGUCAGAGCACUGCUCAACUCAUCCGCGUCUUGCCUAAUGGUACAUUUGAUGCGGCUGGUGAGCCGAGACAGCUUAACUCGGCUGGAUACUCUGUUUAG